AUGAUCUUCAGGCCUUGCAGACCAUUUAUUGAGAUUACUCUUCUUGCUACCCAAGCUAAAAGCUUCCAAAAUGAUACUCUCCUAAAUGCUCCAUUUCUGAGAUUCGCCAGAGAUAACCAGGAAAUUGCCAAAUGGUUAUCAGGAAGUGCCUUGAAGCAAGUGGCUACAUUUGGUUGCUCUCACACCAGUAACAGUGCUGUCUUUCCAGCUAAAAGGCUGCGGAAGUUUUUUGAGGUCCCAGAAAACACUGUUUGCUGUAAAUGCACCCUGCAACAAACAUGCAAGUUUAGAAAUCAAAGUGUAUGGAAUGUUAGCACAAAUAAUUUGGAAUUAGUGACAGUUAUGAAGGUUAUCACUUCAUAUGGUUUAGAGUCAGUUCACCCCCAGCUGGUAGUGCCUGAUGUGGUAAAGAAGUCAGUGAGUCAAUUGCUGAAGGAGAUUGUGAAACUGAGUCCAACCACUUGAGAUUGCUUCUGAUUGACCACUUUUUUCUCUUCAUAAUCUUGUGAACAUGAUCUUCAGGCCUUGCAGACCAUUUAUUGAGAUUACUCUUCUUGCUACCCAAGCUAAAAGCUUCCAAAAUGAUACUCUCCUAAAUGCUCCAUUUCUGGUGAGUGACAACGUUUUCAUUGGAUAAA